AACAAAAAAGGUAAAAAGGAAAAAAAUGGUGGGUUGGGGUUACAAGCCAAAAUGAUCACUGGGAACUGCAUUCCAUUAGUACAAUCUUUAGAUUCUUCUAUGUUGUAAGAAUUAAUUCCUUCAGCACUUUCUGCUUUACUUUUGUUUGGAUAAAUUGUGUGGAAAAGAAAAUGCUAAUGAUUGAUUUCUGGGAAGACAAUGCUCUGUUUGUUGAUGCUGAACUCUUCUUUCUAGCUGGUGCUCAUAUAACUAGUAUUCUCCCAACUCAUAAGCUUAGCUAUUGAUUUCAUUAUCUUAGAUCUAAUUAAGUUAAUCAUUGUUAUUUCUAGGAACUAUAUCAUGAGUUGCAUGCCUUGGACAGAUUCGAGCAGGACUAUCGGCGUAAGGCCCAGGAAGAUGAUACUUCAAGUACAGCUCAUAGAGGAGAUGGCCUCGCAAUCUUAAGGGUCGAGCUGAAAAGUCAGAGGAAACAUGUAAAAAGUUUGAAAAAGAAGUCUCUCUGGUCAAAAAUCUUGGAAGAGGUGAUGGAGAAGUUGGUGGAUAUUGUUCAUUUUCUACAUUUGGAGAUUCAUGCUAGCUCUGGAGGUGUUGAUAAAAGCAAACCGAUAAGCAAUAACCAUCUAAGGUUGGGAUCUGCAGGUCUUGCAUUGCAUUAUGCAAAUAUUAUCACUCAGAUCGAUACACUUGUAACCCGAUCAGGUUCCGUGCCGCCCAACACAAGAGAUGGUCUUUACCAAGGUUUGCCACCAAGCAUUAAGUCUGCUUUACGAUUCAAGUUACAAUCGUUCCAACUUAAAGAAGAGAUGUCUGUUCCUCAAAUAAAAGCUGAAAUGGAGAAAACAUUGCAGUGGCUUGUACCUAUGGCGACCAAUACGACCAAGGCACAUCAUGGCUUUGGAUGGGUUGGAGAAUGGGCCAAUACAGGGCCUGAAAUAAACCGGAGGUGUGGAGGGCUAACCGAUAUACUUCGAAUCGAGACACUGUACCACGCGGAAAAAGAGAAGACUGAAAACUACAUUCUUGAACUUGUGGUCUGGUUGCAUCAUCUUGUGAGUCAUCAGUCAAGAUGCUCUCCUAAUAAUGGCUGUGGGCUCCGGUCCCCAAUGCGUUCCCCUAACCAGAAGACGGCGAUUCAGUUGUCAAGCCAUAAACCAAGCCCCCCACCAUCUCCCACACUGUCAGUGGAAGACCAAGAGAUGCUCCGCGACGUGAGCAAUCGGAAGCUGACACCUGGAAUCAGCAAAAGCCAGGAAUUUGGGACAGCGAAAGCCGCCAGGUCAUCAGGCAAGCACCAACAGAGGCUGAGUAAGAGCAGUAGCCAUUCACCCACCACUACUGCCACUAGUGGCGCAUCCGGGACAAAGAAAGAUCCCUUCUGUCCCAUAAGGAGACCCUCCUCUGUCCCUGUUAUAAACUUUGAUAUUGAUCGGAUUAAAGCGCUGGACAUCAUCGACAGAGUGGACACGUUUCAGAGCUUGUCUUGAGAAGAAGAAGCAUUUUGGUAGGAAUUUGCACCUCCAAGUUACUUUCUUACAUGUAUAUCCCCCCUUGGCUAGAGAAAGUUACUACGUUUUGAGAGUUGUGGUUAGCAACGGUUUUACUUUGUACCACUCGUUGAUUACGUUGUACCCCACAUGUGGAUAUAAUGACCUUACAUCAACCGUUCCAUCUUGGUACAUCCU